UUCGCUUGGCGAAAUUUUCCUCAGUUGCGGUUUUCCCUUCUCCAAGUGCAGAUCUCAUUACUGUCAAUAUCGCCAUUCGUUCACUCCACGGAGCCAAUUACUCCCCUCUUCUCCUUCUCCUUGUUGAUUAGCAGGGUCGAAUUUUGAGGAAAAUGUCAAAGCACGCAUCCGAGAGCCAGGCUGAGGUGAGUCCCUCCAAGAAGUUCAAGGGCGGAGAGGGUGAGACGCCCAAGUUCAAGCUCACCUACUUCAAUUUCCGAUGGCUGGCUGAACCCAUUCGCUACAUUUUGCACUACGUGGAAGAGGACUUUGAAGACCACCGCAUUGAGAUGGAUGAUUGGGAGAAGGUCAAAGCCGAAUAUCCGUACGGCAAGGUCCCCGUGUUGGAAUGGGAGAACAAGAAGCUGAGCCAAUCCUUCACCAUCGCCAGGUUCCUAGCCAAACAGUACAAGCUCACGGGCGCCGACGACUUCGAGUCCGCAAAAUGCGACGAGUAUGCGGAUGUGGUAAAGGACAUCCUCAAAGAGGUUGAGACCAUGUGGCACGAGGACGAGGCAAAGAAAUUGAAGAUCAAGAACAACGUUCUGGACAAAACCCUUCCGGCCCUCUUCACCAAAGUGGAGAACGACUUGAAGUCCAAGGACGGGAAGCACUUGGUUGGGAGCGGGUUCACUUGGGUGGACUUUGUCCUCGCCCACUUCACCGAGGCGUUCGAGUCCUUUGUGGACCCCUCCUUCCUCUCCAACUACCCAACCAUCAAAGCUCACCAAAAGAAUGUUCAAAACAUCCCGCAGAUCAAGGAAUGGAUUGCGAAACGACCAGUCACCGAGUAUUAGCACGACUUUUCCAAAAUGACGCCUGCCUGAGCGUCCCCUUUUUCGCAUCAUUUCUUACUCAUCAUGCACUUUUUCAGUAAUUAUUACUUUGUAGAGCAUUAGGACAAAUAUGUAAGAAGCAAACACACUUUAUGAUUGUUUAAUUAACUUUGCAUGUUUACUAACCUUGAUGGAACAUGACAGAAUAAAAGCAUUCGAAACCCAACUCCCUAAAA